AUGCAGCCCCCCAAAUCAAAGAAUUCUGGGCUGGGUCGUGCCAUUCUAAACAAAAGAGCAAAAGAAGUAAAAGAGAAGCGUUUGAACAAUUCUGAAGACGACGUUAAUCACCGCAACAACCUGCAAUCAAUUACUCAAGAACGAGAUUUGGAUGAAUUCCUGAAUACUGCCCAACUUGCUGCCACCGAUUUCACUGCUGAAAAGCGAAGCAUAAAAAUUAUUACAGCACCUGGCCUCAAGCAGUCCUCCGCAGCUAACCCCUUCCUCCUUUCCCUGGAUGAAGAAAAGGUCGUGCUACAAAAGCAUGCGCAGUUUCAGCAAAACCUUCGGGUCCCUAGACGACCCCCUUGGUCGAGAAACAUGACACCCAAAGAGAUUGAUCGCCAAGAAAAGGAUGCUUUUCUUGAUUGGAGAAGAAAUCUGGCAGAGCUUCAAGAAGCACACGACCUCCUUCUCACACCAUUUGAGCGCAAUAUCGAAGUUUGGAGGCAACUCUGGCGUGUGCUGGAGCGAUCUCAUCUCAUCGUCCAGAUUGUCGACGCGCGCAAUCCCUUGCGAUUCCGUUGUGAAGACUUGGAGAAAUACGUUGAUGAUGUGGAGGGACCAGAGGGUGAGAUGGGUACGGGUAAGGGUUUGAGGCGUACACUGCUGCUGUUGAACAAGGCAGAUUUGCUCACUGCAGACCAAAGAUUGAAGUGGGCUGAAUACUUUGAAGAGAACAAAAUUCGAUACGCCUUCUUCUCGGCUGCAAAUGCAAAUGCCUCACAAGAAGCUCGACGCGCCGCUCAACUGCAAUCUGCAACAAUACCAUCCAGAAAUGAUAAUACCCGCGCGGAGGGAUAUGAACACAAGGGCAACAGUAAACAAGGAAAUGGGAAUAUGAUAUUUCAGGAGAAAAGCGACAACGGGGAGGCGAAGUCUCAGCCAACUGUUGAUGAUGUAGAUUCUGAUGCGUCACACACGUCGGAUGUAGUGGGAGCCGCCAGUGAUGACGAGUCAGAGGGAUAUUUAGGAGACAUCCCUGCGUGGGCCCGAGCAAAGGCAGAAUCGGAGCUUGAAAAUCAAGACCCCCGUGCUCGAGUGCUUUCGGUGUUGGAAUUGGAAGAGUUAUUCAUUACAUCUGCCCCGGACUUGCGAAGUUUUGCUCAGAACAGUGAAUCACCUCACAAACUUGUGGUUGGCUUGGUAGGGUAUCCUAACGUCGGGAAAUCGAGCACCAUCAAUGCUCUCAUAGGCGAGAAAAAAGUGUCUGUCUCUUCCACUCCUGGGAAGACCAAACAUUUCCAGACUAUCCAUCUCUCUCCUUCCAUUAUGCUCUGCGAUUGUCCCGGUCUAGUCUUCCCUCAGUUUGCCACCACCAAGGCAGAACUGGUCUGUGACGGUGUACUGCCGAUCGAUCAGCUAAGGGAGUACACUGCACCAGUAGAGCUCGUGGUCAGGAGGAUAUGGCCCGAGGUUUUGGAAGGCAUUUAUGGUUUGCAGAUACGGCGGAAGGGCGAGGACGAGGGAGGAGACGGAAAGAUGAUACAUGCAGAUGAUUUGUUGAAGGCUUAUGCAAUUGCGAGAGGAUUUUCCAGGUCAGGUCAAGGAAAUCCUGACGAGGCUCGUGCGGCGCGCUACGUACUCAAGAAUUACGUUGAAGGCCGACUUCUGUUCUGUCAUCCACCACCCAGAGCGUCGGGAGAAGAAUUUAACACUGCACAGCAACAAUUUGCUCUUGAUGCCCUUGUGGCAGCAAGUAGGAAGCGUGCGCCUAUCACCCGAGUUGGGAAGAAUGCAGAUACCUACGUCGACGUAUCGGGGUCAGGGCUGCACAAGGCAACACAUGCAAUCGGUCAGAGCCAGAAGUCGCAACAGAUUGAUGCAGAUUUCUUCAGUGUAGGAACGGGCUUGUCUGAUCGACCACGUGCUACUGGAUCGGGUAGACCUGGCACUUUGGGCCCUGGCUACACGCGGACGAUGCUAUAUCCUCAUCAGAAGCUCAUUGGAAAUGAUGGACGACCUAUCGAAGGACCCCUUGUUGUACAAGUCUCAUCGGGCAAAAAGCAGUUUAAGAAAGGGAAGAAGCACGUAAAACACAGGAGCGGGAGGGGAUACGAUUAACAGAUGGAAAGGUGACUGUAAGCGUGAGGGCGUAAACCUCCAGCAAUCAUCCCAUGUCAGUGGGAUGAGGUAGUGGUGUUGGACUGUCAUCCCAUGUUACAACCUUGCUGUCGGUGUCUUCCGUUCCAUGGUCUCGGCGACGAUGGGCACCCAGGCGAAUGCGACUUGGGAAGAGACGAUGGCAGUC